AAUCAAUAACAAGGUGUGGCUUAAUAUAGGUGGUACCUCUGAGUCAGCUAAUAAAUGUACUAUCUAUAAUGUCAGGAUACGAUAAUCUGUCACUAACCCAGGCCAUUAGUACUCUAAUGGGUAGCAUUAACACAGCUACUGCAGCUGUCAGUGGUUCCUUGAAGCAGAGGGUUAAAUAUUCAACAGCAACCUGUCUCGACCCACAAUGUGGCACUGUGCUCUACUUUCCUUCUCACGAAGCCUCAGUUGAGUGUACUGGGUGUGGUCAAAGGCACACCACGUCACUCUUGAAAGAUGUUCAUGAGUUGACAGAGAAAGAAGAAAAGAGUGAGAGGUUUGCUCGGUCUUUCACUGAAAUGAAGUCGUUGUUUGGCGGGAAAAAAACAGCUGAAUUAGUUAAAGUCAAUGGGAUAUCCAACUAUCAGUGUAAGCUGCUGUCUCAUUUACUGACGACACACGGAAAGGACAGGAACGACAGGCCCUGUCUCCUGAAGGACCUUGGUCUUGGUGAGGUGUUUGACUGCUCUAAGCUCGGGAGCAGAGCCUUUGCUAUUGAGGAGUCAAUGCUUGAUAUCAAGGGAUAUGGAGAGGAUAAAUCCGGUUCAUUACGUUACCUGAAGAAGACAUUGGAUGAAUUAUCAACUUUCAAUGGAGGACGGAAAUGUCUAGUACCGAUACAUGCUGAUGGUGAUGGACACUGCCUGGUCCAUGCUAUAUCAAGGUGCCUGGUCGGACGAGAGUUGUUCUGGCAUGCUCUUAGGACCAACAUGCAAAGUCACCUCAAGUCCCAUCAUGACUGGUAUGUUAGUAAGUUGAAGGGUUUUUCUUAUGACGAGGAUUGGGCUGAGAUCAUAUCAGAGGCUGAUCCUGACUAUGAGCCGCCCCCCGGGGUCUCAAUUGGACUCAGAAAUGUUCACAUAUUUGCACUGGCCAACGUCCUCAGACGACCAAUCAUAGUACUGGAUGGAAAUACCGGUAUAGCCAGUGAUUCUGAGUAUUCCUGUAUAUUUUUACCGUCUUUUUAUAAACGAGAGGAGUGUCUUUCUCCGGGUUCAACCCUCCUCAACUCUCCUAUCACUAUUGCCUGGAGUAAUUCAGGCUACAACCACUUUGUCCCACUGGUCCCGAUUAAAGAUAAACCCUUACCAAGACUCCCCUCCCACUUCAGACCUAAUGUGUGGUGUGAACCAGAGGAGACUCUGCUGCAGUAUGUCUCACUGGAAGAUGACGGUUCUAUUGUUCUUGCCCGAGGGAAGCCGCUUCAAGAGGCUUAUAUUCAGAAACUUGUGUCUUGCAUGGACCAGCUGUUCCUUGAGAGGUACUCUGUGAGUCCUUCUCUUGUUGCUGACUUCAAUGAACACGUUUACCGUAAAGCUGGCUAUGUGGGUGUGUCUCUUAAAACAGUUACCAUGGAAACCAAAUUAUCAUCAGAAGAGAAGAGACUCUUUCGUUGUUUAAUGUGCUCAGCAAUAGCCAACAUACCAAGAGAGUUAUUGCGUCCAGAUGGUGCUUUAUAUGAAACAACUUGUAGUGAAUUUUCACUGGAAGACGGAGAGAAAUAUUCUUUUCCUAUUUACAGGAUAACAGCUGAAUACUCUGCCGCGAUUAACGCACUUAUUCCUAUUGAUGUGGAUUGCUUCCAGUGUGGGCAGACUGCUAGGCGGUUGCUAGGUGACGGUACUAUAUUAUUUGAGAAUGGCGACAGGACAGGUAACAGGGCAGACCCAUUAUACAGUCGGUGCUGCGGGUUCAAGCAUUACUGGAAUGGAAAGGAGUAUGAUAACAUGCCCCAACCUAUCAAGAUAUCGCUGACGUGGAAGGGAGUGACCAAGACUGUUAUUGUGUACUGGUUCCAGUAUGAAAAAGACCCCUCGCUGAAUUCAAAUAUUUAUGAAGUUGCAUAUCAAACUGUGGCGGAACAUUUCCCCGGGGAGUUUGGGAGUGAACAGCUGGUCCAACAAGUAGUGGACAUGAUUGUAUUUGCCACUGAGAAGAAAGAGAAAGAGGGAGGGGCUUCAAGUACUGACGCCAUGGAAACAGAACAUGAAUAUAAUGAUUUGUCAAUAGAAGAUGAGAGCCCUAAGAUUACAAAGACCAUAGUCACAGGAAUGAUGAACAGACACACUAAAGUCCUUCAUAAAGAGGAACUCGGAGUGAGUGAGACUGAGAGAAAAAUGAAAAGAAAAGUCGACGCCAAAUUACAACAACUUAUGACAACGACAGCUGCUGCUGCUGCUGCUGGUAAUAAUCCUGACUCAGCAAAACAAGGAGGACGAAAGACCAACCCAUCACCUUCGGCUAAUGAACUAUCAUCAAUCACACCCCCUCAGAAAAUAUCUCCAACUAGUAAACCGCCCACUCAAUUAAUUAAAGACAAGCGAAUAAGAGUCACUUCGUCCGAAGGAAAGAACUCAAAUAUAACUUUAAAAAUGGAGGACACGUUCCAUGACUUCCAGAUUAUGAUUGAGAAAGAACUGGGUAUACCACUCUCACAGCAAAAGCUCCGUUGGGGUUUCCCCCCUAAAGAACUCUUAGCCCCUGAGGACCCGAGGGCCCCCCUACCACUGUCUCAUGGGGAGAGGGUCAGUGUGGAGAGGGUGGGUGGUGCUAAGGGUGGGGCCUCUGAUAUCCCACAAUAUCCUUCCAUACAGCCACCAGAGAGAGAGAAAAAAGGUGAUAUUAAGCAUGAAUCCAGUUCAGCUCUAGUGAAGGAUAUAGACAGUUUUGGUCUGAUAGAGUGCUAUCCUUAUUUAUUCAGAAAAGGAGGACACUGCUACGAAGAACUAAUGAGAGCUAAUGGAGGGAAUAUCAAGGACCACAGUCACGCCCAGUUUGCUGAAAUACCCAGUGUUACAUUUAGAUAUAAUGCGUCGAGUGAAAGUCUGGAGGUGUGUUUGGGUGAUGAUCAUGUCCCAGCUGGUCCUCUCUCAAUGAAGCAAAAGAGACUGGCACUGCUAGCCUCAGCAAAGGAAGCAGAGCAGACUCAGGAACACGGUACAUUGGGUGGGGUCACCGAUCCUAAGUGGCUAGUCAAUCGUUCAAGCUCCUCUGGUGUGAAGGCGUUCACUGGUACAGGACGAACUCUUGGAGGAGAGAGAGAGCUGAGGAGAAAGGAGGACACACCCACUGCUAAACAACAGGAAGAGCAACAGGAAGGGACUCAAUCCUACGUCCAGACAUUAUUGCAGGCGGCAAAGCUGAUAGCUGACACCAGGAUCAACGAAUUGAAAAUAAGAGAAAAACAGCUGCUGCUUGAAAUGCAGUUACUGAAUCAGCAACUGCAACUUAAAUCAAUGGAAAACAAAACUAAUGCUAAAGAUGAAGGCACUUUGAGUUUAGAAACAAGAGUGCUGGAAAUGAGCUCAGAAAUAAAAGAGUUAAGAGACGAAAUUAGAGAUUUAUCCAGUAUCUAAUUAUCAUUGUUAUCAUUGUUAUUAUUGUUAUCAUUGUUAUUAUUGUUAUUAUUAUUGCUGUUGUGAUUUGUCCCUGUUUAAAUAUCAUUGAUUUAUUUUGA